AUGAUUCUUUCGUUUGUGAAUAAAAUAUUACCUUAUUAUUUAUUUAACGUUAAUCGGCACUUCGCUACUCAUAAUAAUUCAGUUUCUAUACUACAACAGCAUUACAAUCGCUUGAAAAUAAGGAAAAAAUAUAUUAGGGCCAUUAAAAGGGGCACUUUAGUCUGGGACAGAGGACAGGUUAAAAUACCACCCAUAAAGGCCGAAAAUUACGAUCCGCCAAAAUAUUGUUUAUUACCAAAUGAAAAACAUAAAAAGGGGCAAUAUAAGGGUAGAUUCGAAAAUUUAACAUCUAAAAAAGUCUCAUUUUAUGAUUGA